CUAAGACACAAUGCUGCAUUUCAUAAAUCCUGUGAAGCCACGGAGAUGCCAGGACAAUUAAGCAUUGAGAAGAGAGCCACAGUUUGCAACAAGAGAUGAGGUGUGUCAAUCUGUGACUCAGGUCCAAAUGUGGUGAAGGGGUCAAUAUGGGAAGCAAGCUGUUCUGGAUGCAAAAACAAUUAAAAAUUGCCACAGAAAAUUAAUGCCUACUGGAGGUGUCAUGGACACAAAGAGACCAGGAAGGCCCUCAACUUCAGUCUCAGAGAAAAAGGUGGCCACACUGAGGGAGAUGUUCAAGUCAAACCCUUCAAAAUCAACAAGAUGGGGAUUAUUAACUGCUAGCACCAUCUUUUACAUGAACAGAAAUUCUUCUUCAGAAUGGAAGGAGUUAUCAAGGAGAAGCUUCAACUUGUUUUCAAAUUUAACAUUAUUGUCCAGCAGAGAUUUUACAUCACUGGUAGUGGAAAAACUGGAUUCCAUGGGAACAUUCCUCACUGGCACAAUACAGAGGAACAGAAAAUUCCUCCCACCUAAUCUUCUUUCCAAAUUUGAUAUUGGACACGUCAAAUUCUUUAGAAAGGCCUUUGUGCUUCUCUGCAGAAAAAUCCAGUUCUGUUGAUCAGUUCCUCCUCUACUGAAACAGUGUCAGAGAGAAGUAUUUGCAAAUGACAACCAAUGAAGAAACCUGAUGUCAUAUUUCAAUAUAAUAAAUACAUGGGAGGGAUUGAUUCCUCAGAUACGACGACGUACUGUUAUCUGGAUGAGAGGAAGACUGUGAAAUUAUGGAAGAAAAGUGAUUUUCAGCAAU